CAUUAAACUGAUCUACAAUCACCUCCUCACAUACCAAUACUACUAUCAUCUACAGUGUUCUUGUAUAUCUACCUUGGAUCUUUCUCCAUGAAUUGCUUGGUCUUGCCGGUAUCAUUGAUCCGAAGACGCUCCACACGGUAUCACCCCUUAACCAAAGAUCAUGAAGAUAAGUUGGACAAAGAAUUAGCAUCCCACAACGCUGUGAUGGUGGUGGUGGGAAGAGAAAAGAGGGUGUUCCUCGUGGACCCUUUCAUACUACAAGAGAAUCCAUUUCGGCUUUUGAUGGAUCACACCUCCAUGAAGAUGGAUCAAGGGGAUGAAGAGAAUCAUCAUCAUCUCGGUUUCUCAACAAAACAACAUGGAGUGGUCUUUAUUGAUGUUGAUGCCAUUUUGUUCGAGCACAUGUUGUGGCUUGUGCAUAAUGAUUACUCUUCUUUGUGCAAACUCAAUUUGAAGGAGAUUAUUGACUUCUAUGCUCAGGAUAUAUAACCCCAGCAUCUUGUCUUGUCUAGCAAACAUAUUUCUAAACUCUGUGAAUUAUGCGGAGAAGUUUCAAUAAGUAGUUUUGUAAUUUUAUAAUUAAUUACAAGGAAAUAAAAGCUGAUUGUUAUCAAUUGAGAUUUAAUUAAUAGAGUUUUCUCUUUCUUUCCGUGUGGCAUUAAGAAGAAACAUCUAAGGGAGUUUGGUAGAAGGUAUUCAAAAUCAUU